AAUACGCUGUGUUUUUGGAACAGCAGGGGAUCCAUCCCCCUAUUCUCACUCUCCCUCCAUAUUCAGCGCCAGAUCCCUCUUAGCAGAUCCACACGCCCGAGCUUAACUUGGUUUCGCAAUGCGCCGCAUGAUCCCCAUUCUGUCCCUCGCGGCGGCGAUGCUGCUCUGCGCUCUUCGCAUUGAGGCGUCGGUCCACCAGUACACCGGGCAGAGAUUCGCCGCCAAAGGAAAUGCGUUCGUUAUUCACGGCGGCAGCGAAGGACUUCACUCAUCCACCCCUGGACUCAACGAUUCCUCCCCCGACCACUCUUUUAUUCGAUUUGAAAAUAUAGUAUUCCAGAGGCCUCUGGACCUCUCCAAUUUCAGCUCACAAUCUAUUCAUGCCGUUGUAUUUGAGGUCAACGACAGGGACUCAAUUGGAGGUUCAGCAUAUGGAGGCCAGAGAGCGGUCUGCUGCUCAGCCGACCUAGCAAAACUUGGAGUAUGCAAGCAAGGUCAAAUCAUUUACCGCCCUGCUACCAAUAAUCCAGGUUGGCCACAAGUAUUCGGUGUGUCAUUUGAUGUGGAUGCGACAGAUGCUACUCUGGAGCCAAGUUCCCUGCAAAUUACAAAAACUGGGAUGUAUAACCUGUAUUUCAUUCAUUGUGAUCCACGGCUUAAAGAGGUUUAUGUCGAGGGGAAUUCGGUCUGGAAAAAUCCUACUGGUUACCUACCUGGUAGAAUGGCUCCACUCAUGAGAUUCUAUGGGUUCAUGUCUCUUGCAUUUGUCCUGCUUGGGGUAUUCUGGUUUUCACAGUAUGCAAGAUUUUGGAGAGAAGUCCUUCCAUUGCAAAACUGUAUUACACUCGUGAUAACACUGGGCAUGUUUGAGAUGGCCUUGUGGUACUUUGAUUAUGCUGAGUUUAAUGAAACUGGUACCAGACCUACAGGUAUCACUAUCUGGGCAGUCACUUUUGGGACGGUGAAACGAACCGUGGCAAGACUUGUCCUCCUCAUUGUCUCCAUGGGUUAUGGUGUUGUUAGACCUACCUUAGGAGGUCUUACAUCAAAGGUUAUGUUACUUGGAGGGACUUUCUUUCUGGCCACUGAAGUUCUUGAAAUUAUUGAAAAUGUUGGUACUGUGAGUGACCGCUCAGGGAAGGCUAGGCUGUUUUUCGUUCUGCCGGUGGCAAUUUUGGAUGCUUUCUUCAUUCUUUGGAUAUUUACCUCCCUCUCUUCCACCUUGAAUAAGCUUCAGGCUAGGAGAUUGACUGCCAAGUUAGAUAUUUACAGGAAGUUCACGAAUGCAUUAGCGAUUGCAGUUAUUGUGUCUGUUGGCUGGAUUUGCUACGAGCUUUAUUUCAAGUCAAAUGACGUCUACAAUGAGCAAUGGCAGAAUGCUUGGAUCAUCCCAGCCUUCUGGCAAGUAUUGUCGUUCUCCCUCUUGUGCGUCAUAUGUGCUCUUUGGGCACCAUCGAAGAACUCAAUGCGAUAUGCUUAUUCGUCUGUGGAUGCUGAGGAAGAGUUAUACAAAGACGACACUCUGAAACUCAUAAAACCAUCAACACUGAUCCCGAAGGAUGUACGGAGUUCAGAGUCCGACUCUCCCACAAGCGGCAAUGCUUCACCCCAGAGUGAUCUCGAAGAAGAAAAAAACGACUAAGAUGGUAUACAUUUACUCUGUAACUUCAGUUCACCAGUAUACAUAUGGUGUAGCUAAUCAGAUCAAGUAAAAUACUUGAAAAGUUGUUUCCAGUGAGUGUCUUGUAGAAACUGCGAGGGUGGAGUACGAGAAAAUAAGCUUGGAAAUAGCAUUUUUGUGAUCUUGCUAGAAGUAACCAGGUUUAGGAUUUAAUGUAACCCUUUUGAUCAUUGGUUUAGGUUUAAUUUUGUUUAA